CCUGCUAGCCUGUGACCAUUGUAUCAUUUACAUUUAUUUUGUAAUUUUUAUUGUUCUCACCGUGUUCCGUGAUUCGCUGUUCGUGCUUCCGUCGACAGGCGAUAUAGUAAUUUAAAUGACGAUAUUCAAUAUUAGUUAACAUAAGAAAAUUUGUUUAUAAUUCUUUGUUAAGUGUAAAAAUGGAUUUCUUAAAAGUGAAGUUUAUCUCGAGGUCUUGUUUAGUCGCUUUCCUAUUUGUGAUUUGUUUGAACUUUAGAACUCAUGCUUGGAAUACAGAAUACAGGGUAGUCGGCGGCAAUGGCUUUUCAGGCCAACUCAAGCCACACAUUAUGACCCUGGACCAUAGUCGAUACCGACGCGAUGUCGUUCCCACUCAUGACCCUGCAGCGGCGCAACCUACUGAGGCUGCAGGUGCUGUCACAGCCACUGCAGCUGCCAACUCAACUUCAUCUGCUACAUCAGCGGCACCAGCGGCAACAGUUCCAUCGGUAGCGCCUCCAGCGGCCAAUGUUACUGCCGCCAACAGCAAGAUGAGCGACGGGACUCAAAAGCCAACAGUCGCUGGCGCUGUGGUGACCCAGGUCCCACUGCUGGGAGUCAAUGGUUCAGGCAUCCGUCACAUGAACGGCACGGAGAAGACAACUACAGUUAGUGAACCUAUCAUGCCCGAUGACAAUCUAAACAUUACCGAGAUAUUGGAAGAGACACCAGAGAUGAUAAAGUCUGAACACAACCUGGCUAAUUUGACUUAUGACAAUCACGACUUCUACAACAGCUCGUUCAUUGGCAACGUGACAUUCUUCAAGGAGCACUGGGAAAACAUAACGAAACCACCGGCAGACGAACAUGCAGUUCUAAGCAAUUCACACCGAAGGGCUACGGCGGUUGUUUUGAAAUUCCCGUUCCCGUUCUACGGGCAAAUAAUCAAUAACAUCACGGUGGCUACUGGGGGCUUCAUGUAUACCGGAGACCAUGCGCACAGCUGGCUCGCGGCUACACAGUAUAUAGCGCCACUGAUGGCGAACUUCGACACUACGCUCACAAAUGACAGCGUCAUCAAAAUGAGCGAUGAUGGUGAGAAAUUUACAGCCUUCUGGGAGAAUGUUUCAUUACAAGAGAACGCCAAGUUGAAGUUUACGUUUGCAGCCACGCUGUACAAAAAUGGUGAUAUUGUGUUCGCUUACAAAGAUAUACCAUUGACGGUCCAACAGAUUGACGAGUCUAUGCACCCGGUCAAAGUAGGCAUCAGUGACGCGUACAUCACAGAUAAAAUUAUGUUCUAUGUACGCCGCAAGACAAUCUAUGAGUAUCAUCGAGCUAAUUUCAAAAAUUACCUCAUUACCAACAAUACUAUUCUGAGACUCACAGCCUUGCCCACUUGCAUGCAAUACGACAACUGCCAGAACUGCAUCAACCAUAACACAGCAUUUAAUUGUUCGUGGUGUUCACAAGUACAAAAAUGCUCGAGUGGCACAGAUAAAAAUAAGCAGGAUUGGACCAUGAGACAUUGUGACAAAUUGGCUGUGACCAAAGUGUCAGCGUGCCCGGCUUCGCCUGCGCCUGGACCCUUAGGUGGUAGUACAGCCUACGUCACCGGUUCCACAGAUGCGGUCAUUCACGCGUUUGACGACCAAGCCACUCCAUUCAAAACUCGGACCUCGAUCAACAAGGCGCCGGUGGAUGCCACUGUUAGUUCGAGCCACACUGUUCCUGAGGAGGGCAUAUCACCAGUGGGCGGUGUUGUCGCCGCGUUUGUGACUGUUGCUAUAGUAUGCAGCAUUGCCGCGUGGACUGUGUACGCAUUUAGAAACCCGCAUACAAGAAGCGGACAACUGCUUAUUAAGUACCGACCAUCACAGUGGAGUUGGCGACGUGGUGAGGCGCGCUACACAGCCGCCACCAUCCACAUGUAACAGGCGUCACCGCGCAGUCUACCACCGUCACCGUCACUCACUUACUGUCGAGCUUAACACUGUUCAUACUGUUGGUAACAUAUCGUUUUUAUAUGCAGUAUAUUAUAUUUAACAAUUUAUAUAAGAUGCUAAUAAUAAUGAAAAAAUUUAAAAUACAGUGUAUUAACAAUAUCGUAUACUCCUAUUAUACCCCCUAUAACACGGGCAUACGCCCGUCGUUAUAGGUGGAUUACUGAUAAUUAUGUGAAAUCUAAUUCAUACAAAUAAACACAUUAAAUAAUGAUUAAUGAUCGAAUAUUAGAAUCCAAUUUAUAAGUAAGAACUGAAAGUGGAAUAACUUUUCGUACGUAAUCUAUAAAUUAUUUACAUACAUACAUGACAUAUUCAUUAUGAUGAGAUUUUAUGACAAAAGGGUAUAUAAUAGUCCUUUAUUCUUCCGAUUUUCCAUGACUUGUCUCAUAUACACAUACCCCAUCGUCUGACACGUGGGUCCGAUGGCAAAAAUACAACCAAAAAGAAAGCUAAAUUGCGAAACAUGCUAUUUUUAGAACUAGAAACUUAAAAUUUCUUAUAUACAUACACAAAGUAAUAACACAUAUUUGUUAUAUACUGUUUUAAAUUUGACGCGGUCAUUAUUUAUACGUAUAAUUGGUAAAAUUCCCGAUAUUUCGGCAGUGUUUACUCGUGAUCAUGGCGGUUGAAAAACUGCCGAAAUAUCGGGAACUCAAAAAUAUAGAACAUGGUAAGAUCCCGUGAUUUUUACUAAUUAUAUACGUAUAAAACAUUUUUGUUGACCAAUGCUGAACUAUAAUAAGUUGACAUUUUCUGUUACCCAGAAAUAAUUAUAUUAUUCAGAGUGAAGUAUAUUUUGUAGAGAGCAUACACAAGGACGGUCGGUAGGGGAAACUUUCAGCCGACUGUCUUUACAACUUACCUCAAUGUGAAAUAAUUUUAUUUUAAUUCUAUAACUUUGAUGUAAGUAUAUAAACUCUUUGGUUGUGUUCAUAGGUCAAAGGGCCACUUUCCAUAAGACAGGGUGUGUGUUUGUUAUUGAUGAGAUAAAAUCUAUAUGUUCUGU